AUGUAUAUUAAGAUUGAGACUAUACGGCUUGACUGGUACUCAAAGCCGGAAAAUCAGAAGGUCAUCCGCGCUGACUUCUACCAGGGUCUUGUUGACACCGUCGUUGCCGGUGAGUCACGCGGUGAUCGAAUUGGCAAAAGAAUCGUGCUUCCACGGACAUUUCCUGGUGGUGAUCGUGACAUGCAGCGAAGGUUCUUGGAUGCUAUGGCAAUAGUGCAGCGGUCGGGUAAACCCGAUUAUUUCAUCACGAUGACUUGCAAUCCAUAUUGGGAGGAGAUAACCGAGGAACUGUUGCCUGGACAAAUGCCGCAGGACCGUCCAGACCUGGUGGCAAGAGUAUACAGUGCUAAACAGCGAGAUAUGAUGGACUUACUAACUAAGGGGAAGCAUUUUAGAGAAGUCGCAACCUAUGUACAUGUCAUCGAGUUUCAAAAGUGA